AAUUGUCUGUUAGUACAAUCAUAGGAUAAAGCAGUGAGUAGCAGCAAAGGACAGGGAGUUAGAAAGAAUAGAACUCAGGAAGAAGAGAAAAUCAACUUCUACUUGCCUUUUCCUUACAUAAAAUGAACAACCAAGAGAAUAUGACAUAUACCAAGAAUAUUUUGUUUACUGUUGUGGAACGAAGAUGAGCUGCUCCAAGGAAUGUGACAAGAAGGAGAAGCCUAUUUUGUCUUUUUCUAUAGAAGCAAUCUUAAAACCCCCAUCUACUGAGGCUUGCCUCCACAAUACGGUGACCUGCAAUAGCCAAACUGAAGUGGCUCAAAAGUUCAAUUCUGAGCCACUUCUGGACAGGUAUAAAGAUGACAAGAAAAUGAAGCGUAGAAUUAGGACCACAUUCACAGCAGAGCAGCUCAAGGAAUUGGAGAGAAUCUUCCAAGCUACACACUAUCCAGAUAUCAACAUCCGCAACCAGCUGGCAGCCAAAAUUAAUCUUCCAGAAACCAGAAUUCAGAUUUGGUUCCAGAACCAACGAGCAAAGUGGAGGAAACAUGAACGAUUUAGCAAUUUUGCAGGCCUGCAGCCUCAGACCAAAGCUGGCUUUAUUUCAGUCCCAAAGCCAAAGGACCUUUUCAUGAUGCCCAGCAACAGCCUUUCUGGUAUCAUCCCUCCUUCAGAAUACUAUUACACACUGAUCUAAGAGCAUUCCAUGUGCACCUAACUAUCAAACCUGCUAUCUUGGGUCCCAUUGCCCAUGGAUUUUUUGGCAUUUUCAAAAUCAUCUCUGAUUAUUGUCUUCCUCCUUAUACCCUUCACCCUCUGUUCCUGAUACCAGCAGUGGGAUGUGCUACUAUCAGUUUCACCAAAUAGAGGAUGAAUUGAAGCGAUGUCAGGUUCUUCUAAACCAGGGGUGUCAAACUGGUGCCCAUGGGCCAGAUACAUCAUGCACAGGCCACUCCCACCCCAGUUUCACGGAAGGAAAAAAGUCAUGAUAUAUCAUGUGAUGGCAAUGUGACGCAGCAAGUUUGACACAUAUGUUCUAAACAGAUGCUUUCACUGAACCAGUAUUAUGUAAUAAAUAGUUGUGGGAUUCUGAAUAAUUCCCAUGGCUUUGAAAUUUACAGCUUUAUUAGAAUCUGGUUACUCUUCCUCUGCUUAUCUUCAUUCAAAUGAUUGUAAGGAAGCACCAAGUGGUGCUCUUUAGAAGAAAUAUAAGUAGAAUAUUAAAGCAACUGUGGACAAAAAUUAUCCUUCAAAUAUAGAGCUAAAAAGUUUCAUAUUAGCUUUGAACAAUGAGUGGAACUAGGUGUAAAACAGUGGUCCUCAACCUUUUUACACCCCUGGUGUAAAUGAUAAGGGCAUUUUUUUAUCAGAGUUCAACAAGUCACUGUUAAUUAUACCUGCUUGAAACAAUAUACAUUCUCCAAUAACAAACAACUAUUGCAUUGCAUCCUUUAUGGAAAAGCUGAGACCUUAAGUGACCAACAAUUGAAAAGUAGGAGUGAUCAGUUUUUAAUUGGCCAGUAGCAUAUUCUACUCUUCUCUGCAGGGAAAAUUGUUGCAUUUUAAUUGAUCAGAUUGGCCUCCCCAAAUUGUAUUAAGCCAUUCAUUCUGCAUUUUUUGACAUUAGCUAUAUUUUUGAUGAGGUAUACAUAAAUUAAGACUAGGGUUAGAAACACCAAAUAUAGCUUUUAAUUAUUUUGUUUUACCUUUCAAGAAUGGAAUUAGGGUGUUUGCUUUAUUAUUUUCCAAGUCUGAAAUAAUGAAUUAUAGAUUAAUGUAUUACAUGGCAUGUGUGGGAAGCAGACAGAAUGAGAAACAGUGAAUUAUAUUGGAUGAAAUAUUGGUUUGGUCUCUUAAGGGAUUUCUUUAAAUGAUUAAAACAUUUAUGAAGGAAAACUCUUUAGUUUUGUUUUAAUGAUGAAGAAAAAAACCCAGGAGCCACAGGUAGUGGGGGUAGAAGCCAUAAUGAAGAUAAAGUACUGGAAAAACUAUUUGAAUUUAUCUAGAACUCAGCAUGUAUAAGUCAAACACGUCUGUGCACUUUUAUAGAAUUUAGGAAGCUGACUUAUAUUAAAUCAGACCAAUGGUCUUUUACAUUCAGCACUGCACAUAGAAGGAAUGAAGAACAUAUGGGCUUUUAAAAGAAUUGAAAGAAUCCAGUUUUAGCUCUAACAGCAUAACUGAUUUGCACAUAAUAUGCAUAUUAUUUAUUCAUUCAUUUGAUUUGUGUGGCCACUCACCUUCUGCCUCUUCCAAAUAGGGUCACAACUGGCACACCAGCUGAAAUAACAUAAAUUCCCCAUUAACCAUGGUCUGCAUUACAAGCAAUUGUUAUGAAUCUAGGAGUAUCCCGAAUGACAGGUCUUCAUGUGGCAUGCUACUCCAUCCAGAACUAUAUUGGAAUGCUUAUGUACUAGAUGGUUUCUGGAUAUACACCUGCACCCAACAGCUUUAUGUUACUG